GUGUCGGAAUACGCCCGCAGUUACUCGCGGGCUCAAUAACUGCGCACACACGCAACGCGGCCCACCCGCAGUGUACCUAUACCUAAUAUUAAUAUAAUAUAGAUCGGAGUCGUACGCGACAACAAUAAUUCAUAGAGCGCCGACAAUCGUCUCGUCGCGUCGCCGCCCGUCAUCGUCGUCAUCGAUCGAUCGGUCCACGAAAUCGUUCGGUCGUACCCGUCUCCUCUGCAGUCGUCGUCGGCGACAUGAAGACGACCGUCGCAGUUGUAGCCAUCGCGCUGUCCCUGUGCGGACUCUUCCCGUUCGUCACAGUCGCCUUACCGGUACCCGGAGAUGGACAAAAUGAAAGUGUGGCGGCUGCCACCGAGCUUCAGACCACCACCGUUCUACCUGUAGAUACUACGACCGAGAGUGUGUCCCCGACCGCCACUGUACCUACAGACACCACGACCGAAAUUGUGAACGAGACCACUGCCGAACCAUUAGAGACUACGACCAAUGAUGUGGUCCCGACCACCACCGAGGAUGUGGUCCCGACCACCACCGAGGAAGUGGUCCCGACCACCACCGAGGAUGUGGUCCCGACCAACAACGAUGAUGUAGUCCCGACCUUAGAACUCGCCACCAGUGAAGCAACAACGGCUGUAAAUAACACGUUGCCGGUAGAAGUUGUCAAGGACAAGUUGAGCGAACAGAUCAGAAAAAUUCUGAAACACUACCAGCACCCUGACCCCGUUGGCUUUCCAGGCGCCCCAAUUCCCGAUCCACUAAGUAUACCCCCAAUGAACAAAGAUUUUGGCGUGGCGUUCAUGACGUUCAAAAACAUGACCGUACACGGACUAUCCAAGUUCAAAGUGGAAAACGUCAACACGGACUUGAAAAACAUGCGAGUGUACGUGCUUUUGAAAAUCAAACGAAUGUACGUGCUGGGCAACUACACGCUGAGGUCGUGGCUGAGCCGACCGGCGUCGGGCCCGUUCAACGUGACGCUCAUCGAUGUGGAAGCCGCCGCCGAAGCUGCGCUCGAACCGGAUGCGGACGGCAACCUGCAGGCCACCGAUACGGAGAUGGACAUGCAGUUCAAGGACUGCGAGCUGGACUUCAAGAACCUCGGGUUCGCCGCUUCCAUGAUGCAGGGCGUCAUCAGCUCGAUGGGAUCGGUGCUGUUCGAGGGCAUCAAGCCGUUCAUCAUCAACGAGGUGAACACCAACCUGCGAGCGGACGUCAACGCCCAGGUGAAGGCCAUCACUAGCAAGCUGCCCAAGAUGACAGUACCCGUCCCAGACUUGGCGGUGGCCGAGGGCCGGAAAUACGUCCAGCGGAUGGGCUAUGACCCGUACCACGUCGCGGACCGGCACAUCGACGAGGGACCACUCAACUUCACGAUCACCGAGCUAACCGUGUCCGGGCUUUCCAGCUUCCACCGGGUGGGUGACAUCGGGCUUCAGAUCCGCGGCCCUGUGCUCCAGAUGUCCGUGCACGUCAUCACCGGCGCGGUCAACGGGUCGCUGCGGUGGAGCUAUCGGCUGGGUCUGUCUAAGACGUUCAGCCGGACGGGCGUGUCCAACUUCACCGUAGACCACAUCCAGGUCCGGGCGGUGGUCAACCAGACGCUGGACAUCCGCAACAAGCCGGUGCUGGAUAAGCUCGACAUAGAGGUGGGCAAGAUCGAGGUGCAGAUGGACAGGAAGGAGCCGCUCGACUACGUCAUCGAGAUCGCAGUUAACUCGCUGCCGUCGCUGUUGCGGCACAUCAUCGUCGACGCGCUCGAGGAGCCCAUCAAGGCGAAGGCGCAAACCAUACUGGACGACGUCCAAGUCGAGAAAAUGGUCGAGGAUAGGCUGCCCGAACUCGACCGGAUGGUCGGUGAUUGAUUGCCAACCCGCCCGCCGACUCCCAUCCGCCGCAUCACUCGUCACCCCUCCUUUUCUGCCCACCCUUCUGCGACUUGCAAGUUUUUUCUGAAAGUUGUGCAACGCUGCAAAUAUAUUAACGAUAAACGAAAAUAUAAUAUUUACAAACACCAACGUAGAUACGACAAGUAAGUAGGUCAUAUGCCGAUAACGUCUCUGUAGUUCUCCGCACCCAACUCUCUUUGAACGUCCUUCUCUCCACCAGGCCUACUCUGUCCGAUAGAAAGUCUUCCACUCGGUUCCAUUUCAAACCACUGUGGUUUCCUGGGUUUCGGUAUCCUCUCUUUUCACAACAUAUUAUAUAUGUCCUAAACCUUUAUUCGACUGCCUCAUUUGCCCGUCAUUUCUCGCAGUCGUCUAUCGUAUAGAACCUAUCUUCUCCGUCAGCUUCCCGUGCGCAGCUACCGCGUCAAAUUCUCGGACACAUAUUAUUUACCUUGAAACGUACAAGAAAUGCAAUUAUUUUGCUAUACCCAUAUGUAAUUAAAACCAAUUCUGGCAACCUCCACGCUCGUCUCAUCGUGUGUAAAUGUAUCAUAUUAUACUUACAGUUAUCGCCGGGGUUUUUUUUUAUUAAGUAGGUAUUUUUAUUUUAGUACCUAUGGAUACUUAAUAUGUAUAUGUUAUAUUAUUUAAUUAGCGUCUAUAAAUUUCAAAUGUUCAAACCGAUUUCAAUAAUUCGAUUAACAUGCAUAUAAUAUAAUGUAAUAAUAUAUUAUAUUGUUUAUGAUGUUUAAUUUUAUGUUCACGUAAUAAUAAUGUUUCAGAUUAUAAUAUUAUAUUAUAAUAUUACCUACCUAUUAAUAGUUAAAACUAUUAUUGUAAAUAACGAUCUGUAAUACUAUAGCUAUGUAGUUUGAUUAAAAUGCACAACAGAUUGUUUGUUACAAUAUAUCAUGAACAUAAAAAUACGUAGUACAUUAUUCAGACGAUUCGUCGUUGAGAUUUUUCCACGCAGACUUCAUUGUUACGAAACGCUCAAACGCGUAUUAUUAUGUACCCAGAUAUACAUUUCGAUGUUUGUUUAUUAUCUAUUACGAUUGUAACAUCCUGAAAAUAUAAUAUAAUACAUAAUAAUAAUAAUAAUAUGUGUAACUGUACGGACA